AUGUCCCCUUCGCUACCCCCUCCUCCUCGCAAACUGUCGUCGUCGUCAGCCUCGGGAAACAGUGCACCCAGAUCUCCCAGAUACCCAAAGAUCAACCCAAACUCGCUCGCCUUAUCCGAUCCCCAUCACACCCAGACCGAGGACGACCGGGACCUUGACCGAGCACUCGCCGAACUCCUCGGCCAAUCUUCCCUCGCCUCUAACGACAACCACCACAACCCCCAUCUCCCCCAAUGUAAAUACUACACCAACAACUCUGAUAACUACUACUACAGCAACCACACCACCAGCUCUGGUCGACCAUUGAGUAUCACCAGCUUAUCCAGUCUAGGUUCGGGAUCGUUCACCAGCUAUGGGAGCCACAGUAGACGGGUCUCACAGGCGUUCCUUUCUCCUCUCUCGCCAGCCUUGAGCGAACCUUCUUCUUCUGGUCAUAACCCCUUCUUCAAUACUGUACCCGAAAGCGACGAAUGUCUUUCUUCGUCACAACAACAAACACAAGAUUCGAUCGCUGUCUCACAUAGAACGACAACAGGAACGGCGACCAUUGAACAGGAUAUGGGCAUGUUCUCAUCCUCCAUGCCCUCGUGCACAUACUGCUCCAGUGUGCGAAGCAACAGCAUCUGCAGUUCAGGAACCACAGACGACAAGCUUGCCUCCCCUACUGCACUUUAUGCAGCCCAAUCCAUUCAUGCAUCGUCACCAACAACGUCAAUAAAUAAGAACAGGAAUAGUCUUCAGAUGGCAUUCGAUACCAACCGCCUCGCGGCCUUGAAGGAGUUUAUCCCGUCCGAGGUCAGACUUCGGUUAAGCUACCAUCUUGAUGAGUGUUGGUUUGUUGAGUUCUCGCCCGAUGGCAAGUGGAUGGCCUCCUCUGGACUAGACCAGUCCGUUAUCAUCUGGCAGGAUGUCCUGUCAUUGGAGCCUACGGUCUGGAAGACGGUCCGAUACGGACGGUCGAUCACACAUGCGCACUGGUCACCCGACAGCAAACACUUACUUGUCAACCUGGGCUUCGACCCCAUCACACCAACAUAUACCCCGGAGAUGAGCGUCAUCGACGUCGCAACGGGCGAAACUAUCUUGACGCGUAAACACCAUAACGGAACCAGAGAUAUCCAUGCGCAUGCUGUGGGCUGGAUGGACGACUCCCAACACUUUGUCUCUGCGCCCUCUAAUGGAGAGAUAUAUAUCUGGAACUUGAAGGGCGAGAUCAUCCGGGAAAUGGAAAUCGACUCGGAGGUGGUUGGCAAGGAGUCGAAUGUGAUUGUGGAGGCUAUGAUCAUGGCACGAGGACAGAACACGGCGAUCGUUGCUGAUAGCCAGAACAAGAUUCGGGUCAUCGACCUCGAGACUGGCGAGUGCAGAUUUUUGGAUCGGAUGGUCACCGCUCCCUCGGCAAUGACUCUUUCGCGAGAUGGACAGUACCUUGCCAUCGCCAUGCGCGGCGCAGAGGAAGUCUGCAGAGUAGCACAGGUGCUGGUCUACAACUUUAAGACGCUGACCUUCUUACGAGCGUUGGAGGCAGAUACAUACCUCAAUGGCAGAUUCGUGAUUCGCCCCUCGUUCUGUGGACCUCAUAACGAGAUUGUUGCGGCUGGCUCUGAGAAUGGAAUGGUUCAUUUCUGGGAUUUGGAGACGGGCGAGGUGAUUAUGACCCGGGAGGAGCAUUCGAAGCACUGUGGUUGGACGGAUAUGCACGCUCACCUGCCGGGACUUAUGGCUACCUGUAGUGACGACAACCAUAUCAUCCUGUGGACGACAAAGGAUCUGAGCAGAGCACUACAAGACGAGGAUGACAAGUGGGUAGAGUCGAGUCGGAAAAAGUCUGUUGGCCAACUUCCAUUCAAUCUCAAGAAGGGUUGGUAA